UUUCAGCUGUUACAGCAAUUGAACAAAGUGAACAUCACCACACCACAUGGGGAAAGGUUUUACUUCCAAGGUGCUGACAUUCCAGCAAUGUAUGACCUUGUCAAUUGGCAGAAACAACCAGAGGGGCAACUCAAACUUGUCUUGGUUGGUCGUGUGGAUGGGUUUAAUAUCCAUCUUAAUGAGUCAGCUGUGCAGUGGAGCUCAGGAUCCAGUCAGGUUCCUUUUUCAGUGUGCAGUGAGAGCUGCCCUCCAGGUACCCGAAAGGCCAACAGGAAAGGAGAGCCUCUCUGCUGCUUUGACUGUAUCCCAUGCAUAGAGGGUGAAAUAAGCAAUGAAACUGGUUCUCUUAAUUGUGAGGGAUGUCCAUCUGAGUUCUGGUCCAAUGUUGAACGAACUGCCUGCGUCCCUCGUCAGUUGGACUUCCUUUCCUUUAACGAAACAUUGGGCAUCACUCUGACAACAGUGGCUGCAUCCGGUGUUGUGGUGACAACAGCUGUGUUUGUUCUAUUUUUUUGCAACCGCCAAACACCCAUGGUACGAGCCAACAAUUCAGAACUCAGCUUCCUGCUUCUUCUGUCCCUGAAGCUCUGCUUCCUGUGCUCACUGGUGUUCAUUGGUCGUCCAUCAGUCUGGUCCUGUCGGUUUCAGCAGGCAGCCUUUGGGAUCAGCUUUGUACUUUGUGUUUCCUGCCUUCUGGUUAAAACCCUCGUAGUGCUUGCUGUUUUCCGCUCAGCUCGGCCUGGUGCUGAAACCUUGAUGAAGUGGUUUGGUCCUGUUCAACAGAGAGGGAGUGUCUUUCUCUUCACCUGUAUACAGGUUAUUAUCUGUGCCACAUGGUUGUCCAUCAGUCCUCCAGUGCCUCGACGUGAUCUGGGUUUCCAAGGAUCAAAGGUCACACUAGAGUGUGCCAUGGGUUCCCUGGUGGGCUUCUCUCUGGUUCUUGGCUACAUUGGCCUGCUGGCCUGCACCUGCCUCCUCUUGGCUUUUCUCGCUCGGAAUCUUCCUGACAACUUCAAUGAGGCCAAACUGAUCACCUUCAGCAUGCUGAUAUUCUGUGCAGUAUGGGUAGCUUUUGUUCCUGCUUAUAUUAGCUCUCCUGGAAAAUAUGUUGUGGCUGUAGAAAUCUUUUCCAUCUUGGCCUCCAGCUAUGGUUUACUGCUUUGCAUAUUUGCCCCCAAAUGUUUCAUUAUUCUUUUGAGGCCAGAGAAAAACACAAAGAAACAGCUAAUGGCCAGAUAGUUGAUCUGGCUUAAAUGUAAACAUAGACCCUUAAUUGGAAGUUAGAUGUUUCUCUGUGGUGAGAGCCCAUUGGUCUUCCAAUCCUAGGGUAAUGUUCUGAUUCCAAGAACUGAUCAGACAGAAAUAUAUCAUUCGUAACAAACUGAAUAGAAUGCAAUAAUAGUUUGUAAUCAACCCGUGCAUGUUCAGUCAAAAUUUAAGUGAUUUCCUCUCUUUUAGUUUUCUAGAUUUAACUGGUGAGUCCGAAUUUUUCUGUUACUGUUUGCUGUAAUAUGUUUUGUGUUCAAGUCUUAGAUUUGAUCAAAUCUUAUACCAUUGGCAAUGUUUUAUUUCAGAAAUAAAUGUAUGUUGCAGG